GACUCCGAUUUCAUUCUGUCUUCUCUUGCGCCGAGUCGCCGAGCGAACCUUCAUCCUUCGGACCUGCCGACCUGACCUGGCGGGCCUGACCUGCCGUACAUAGAGGUACACACAGCACUCGCAUCAUGGAUUAUGCGCGCUUGCGCGCUGCCGCCCUCAGCGGCGAGGAUGAAGAAGCGGUUACCGUCGAUACCCGGGCGCUCAUUGACAAGGUCUUGGCUCGGUACUCCGGAGAGUGGACGACCCUGAGGGAGCUUAUUCAGAAUGCCGCAGAUGCCCAGGCGACCACAGUAAGGGUCAAGUGGGAGACGCUGCCUUCAACCCAAGUCCCGCUUCCCGCGACCACCAGCCGUUCCGAGCUCAUCAAGCAUGUCAUUUCCCACCACACCCUGCGGCGGCUUGUCGUCCAGAACAAUGGCCAGCCCUUCAGCCAGACAGACUGGGCCAGACUGAAGAAAAUUGCCGAGGGCAAUCCGGACGAGACAAAAAUCGGCGCAUUUGGUGUUGGGUUCUACAGCGUCUUUGCCGACUGCGAAGAGCCUUUUGUCAGCUCCGGUAACGAGGCCAUGGCCUUCUACUGGAAGGGAAAUGCCUUGUUCACAAGGAAAGUGACUCUUCCGCCGGACGAGGGAAGCCCAGAUACCACAUUUGUUCUCGACUACAGGAGUACCACAACGCCGGUCCCGAACCUGUUGUCUGUCAGUCAAUUUCUUUGUACCAGCCUGACUUUUGUCGCUCUUGAGAGCAUUGAGUUCUGGAUCGACGACUGGAAGAUCCUGGCGCUGCACAAGAAAUCGUCCCCCAGCCUGAGCGUCCCCAUUCCGCGAGACCUGGAGACGAGGACCAAGGAGGGGCUGAUGAAGCUUGCCACAGCGGACCGCACCAGCACGCAGAUAGAUGCCGCAUUCAUGAGCGUCGUUGGCUGGAAGCCACAGACCGCCGCAGCUGCAAAGUCUGCCGAGUCAUCGUACUAUAGCUCGGAGCUACCUUCGUUGAAGAAGUUCUUCUCGAGACUGACUUCGGGCUCGUCCCAUUCUGGGCCUCGCGGCAGGGCGGCCAAAGAAGAGAAGGCGGCUCGGGAGGCAAUAGCGGAAGACCUCACCGCGACUUCGACCUCAUCCAUCUUCCUUCGCGUGACCUCGGCGCACAUUGCCACACACGUCUCCUCUUCCUUCGCUGCUGAGUUGGAGCGGGCUACCAAGAAGCCCCCGCCAAAAAUGACGAAGAUCUCCAUCUUAACCUCUUCCUACGACGAAACCGUCGCCUCGGAGACAUCCUCGUCAAGCCAGGCCGCGAAGAUAGCAGAUGUUUUUGCCUCCGUGCUGCCAAGCAAGAAGCCCGGGGGCCGUAUCUUUAUCGGCUUUCCAACAACACAAACGACCGGCGCCGGGAUGCACAUCUCUGCUCCCUCAGUCAUCCCCACGGUCGAACGCGAGGCCAUCGAUUUGAACGCCCGCUGGGUGCGCACUUGGAACAUGGAGAUGCUUCGAGCCGCCGGUAUCAUGUCCCGACUUGCUUUCACCAACGAAAUGACGGACUUGAAUGACAAACUCGAGAGAAUGUCCCAGUCUGGCACCAAGAAGGGAUCGACCAUCUCGUUAGACGAUGUGCGGAACUGCAUUCCCGAGGCCUUGCAUAUCUUGAAGACGUAUACCUUCCAAGACUCGACGCCGAGUGCGCACGUGGCUCAGAUCAUUGAAGAAGCCUUCUGGACGGCCUACAAACGCCCGUCCAUCGAGGUGUUCUCCUCCAGGGGCGUGUUGCCGACAACGAAGGUGCGGAUCUCGUCGGAUGAGAUCGCCAAAUUCGUCGGAGGGAUUCCGGUUGUUCUGAAGGAGAUGAAGGAGGAUCCUUUCAUCAAGAAGUUGAUCGACUUCGCGUUGAUCAAAGACAUAACAGUCGACGACAUCUGGCAGGAACUUGGUGCCAAGGCGCUGGAUAAGGACCAGCUUCACCACUUCCUUCAGUGGAUCACCAGGGGAGCUUUCGACGGAGAGCUUGACCGCCCGAGCGUUCAGCGGCUAUUGGAUGUUGCGGUUGCCACCAUAACGGAUGGCGGCGAUUCAGGCGGUAUCAUUGCCCUGGGGACGAUCAAGAAUUACCUAACAAACAAGAUCCCGGCGACACUCCCAAUCCCACCCACCACCCUCCCGAUAGCGUUCACGGCCGGCAUCCCUGAGGCCCGAUUGCAGGCUCUGGGCUGGGAUCCUUUGGGCAUUGUGCCCUGGCUUAGGUUCCUGAUCGAGUCUGCGCCAGGGAGAGCGGACGAGCAGAAUCUUACAAAAUCGGACAAGUUUGCGCUUCAGGUCCUGACGGUUCUCUCAAAGAAUUGGGACAAUCUGAGUGCAAGCUCCAAGACAUCGGUGGUAUCGGCACUGCAGAAUGUCACCAUUAUGCCAACCAAGGCGGGCAUGAAGAAGCCGGGCGAGUCCUUCUUCCCCUCCGUCAAACUGUUCGACGAUUUGCCGACUCUCGAGGGCUGUGCAAACCUGAAGGACAAGUUCCUGACCGCCUUGGGUGUCCGAAAGACUGUUGAUCUGGAGACCAUCUUUACCAGGCUGCUGAGCCCGUCUCCCGCUGCUGGUGACGGCGUGCGUGCGAAAUGGAGUCAUGUCGAGUUGAUCAAGUAUCUCGCUUCGGUCAAGGACGAUAUUCCGGCUGCCGACAUGAAGAAGCUCCGGGAAUCACCACUAUGCCCUGCCGAGGCCGGUUCUCGCGGGAUGGAGCCCACGAAAGGCACAACGCGCUUAUACAGGGUCUCGGAACUCUACGAGCCCAAGGACUCAUUGCGGGUCUUGGGGUUGCCCAUCCUCCAGUGGCCGGGGCCACCAGGGAGUUUCAGGAACACGAGCGCGGAGGCUCGAUUCCUUUUCGGCCUCGGUCUACGGCCGUAUCCGUCGGUGCCGGAACUUGUUGACAUGAUGGCUUCGCCGGACGACAACCUCCGAAAGAAUGCGAUGUCCUAUUUCAUUGCCAACCAUCACCUCAACGGAUACUCGUCCUUCGACUUGUCAACAACCGACAAGGCUAUUCUUCCGAUUGAAGGCGACGAGAAACAACUCGUCCGGCCAUCUGCCUGCUACACGGACGAGAGGGCGUCCGUGCUUGGAUACAACAUUCUCAGGAGAGACUUGCACCAGCAUGCUCUCAAGUUCGGCGUUGCCCGCGAUCCCCCGAUUUCGGGGUGCGUGGCGCGGCUUGUUGCGAGGCCGCCUCCCGACCGCAACCAGGCGGUCACCCUGUUUGGGUAUUUCUCUACUCGCCUGAGCGACCUGGACCACAACAACCUGGUCAAGCUGCGGGAUGCGGCGAUCGUCCCUGUCGUGAGAACGCAGGAUCGUCGACCCGCGACCAAUGAGAAGUCCGGGUCGCAGCUGGUUCACGUCCGGCCUCCUCAUUGCUAUCUGGGAAGCUCGUCAACCUAUAAGGACAUUUUCGACUUUGUCGACUUUGGGCCCGACGCAAACACCUUCUUAUUCAAGUGUGGCGCGAAGAGCGAGCCCACAAAGCACGAGAUUGCUCAGCUAGCCUGCAGUGAGCCGGCGCGGCUGCUGAGCACCUUGCAGAGUCCGGAAAAGUACCUCAAUCUCCUCAAGUCGAUCGCCGAAGACAUCGUGACCCUUAAGAGGGAUAAAGAGCUCUUCAAGAAGAUGAGGACAUCGGCCUGGCUGCUUGGUUCCCGGGAAUUGUCCUCGGGGAAGAACAAGGAAUCAGAGUCAAUCGAGGAGGAUGAGGCACCCAUCAAGCACUAUCAGCUCGCAAGCGCUGAAGACAUUGUGGUGCUUGACGAUUACAUCAGUUACCGGCUGUUCAAGGAAGCGCUACUGUGCGCUCCCGAGGACGACUUGCUUGAGGCCUUCUACAUGAGCCUCGGGUCCCACACGCUAGGCAGCAGGGUGAAGGAGGAUCUGUGGGUAGGACAUCGCACCGCGAACCAAGAUGGCGCCGAAUGGUUGCGCAAGCACGUCCUCGAGCGCUCGAAGCUCUUCUUGCACGAGUACUCCAAGGACAAGAGGGACUCGGUCAAGCAUGACACGCGGUGGCUCGAGAAGAACUUGCAAGUCGUGUCGGUAAGCUCGUUGGGCCUGCGGCGGUCUCUCAAGGGGCACGCCAAGUCGCACCAAGAGAAGCGGUCGGCGGCCAGCUCCAACACAGCCAACGGAUGGACCCUGUACGUCGCCGCUGAGGGCAAGCCCGAUAUGUACCAAGUCGGGCAGGCCAUCUGCCAGCUCCUGCUGAACCGCCCCAACCAGCAUGCGUACUUUUUCUUCGAGCCGUUUUUGAAGCUCGGCUUGCUCGACUUGCGAGCGCGCGGCUACAACGUGGAUCGCAUCCUGCGGGCUAAGGCGGCCGAGGCGCGGCUCGCCGAAGAGGAGCGGCGUAAGGCGCUGGAAGCGGAGCAGCGGAAGAUCCAGGAGCUGGAGAGGCAGUGGGCGGCACAGACGAGCGCAGCAGACGUGCAAACGCCCGAACGGGAUCGUGUGCGCAUGCCCGGCGGCUUUGACGACUCACCAGGGAGCGAGCCACCCGCGUCUCCCCCACCGCAACAGCGGCAACGUCCCAAGAGGGGCGGCGGGGGUCUCUUCUCGACCCUCUCCCGCCGCCUCGGUUUCGACACAAGCGAGGACUCCCUGGCCGCACCACCGUCCGAAAUCGACCAAUUCCUCCCCGCUCCCGAACAACCCACAUCCCAACCCACGGGCGGCAAACCCGCCGCGGGCGCCGUCGACGACGGCCGCGUCACCUCACCGGCCGCAGUCCAACAGAACCUGCUCAACGCGAUCAAGUCGACGCGCGCACACGACUCGGCCACGCUCUUCUCCCCGCCGCAGCAGACCGAGGUGAAGGAGCAGGCGACCUACUGCGACGCGACGCCGGCGCAGAACAUCACCUUCGCGGCCGAGGCGCCGCGCGGCAUGCGCGUGUUCACGGCUAAGGACCUGUCGGUCGCGCCGGGCCAGUUCGUGGCCGCGCACGUGCGGGGCAUCGCCGCGUUCGAGGCGCUGCUGAGGGACGUCGGCGACGUGUACGGCCUCGGCGCGAAGGCGCUGCAUAUCUUUUACGACGAGAAGGGCGGCACGAUCGCGUUCAAUAGCGGCGGGAGUGUGUUUUGUAACCUGCGGUUUUUCGAGCAGUUGCAUUUGAGGGGAGUUGCGGAAGGCGCCGCCGGCCCGGAGGCGAGGGUGGAGGCGGUGACUUGGUGGUGGUGAGGUCGUCGUUGCCCACGAGCUGGCGCACAACC